CGGACGCUUUGCGGUUGGCGCAGCUGGAUCUUGGAGUAACGGCUGCAGACCCCAGGCGGCCUCGGGCAUGUCCUGCCCGGGACCCGGCUGAGAGAAACACGGCUCAUGGCGCAAGGCCGGGAGCGAGAGGAGAACGUCUACGCCACCGCCGGCGCGUCCCUGUCCGUGAGAUGGGUCCAAGGAUUCCCUAAGCAGAAUGUUCAGUUUAUCAAUGACAGCACCAUCUGCUACCCUUGUGGGAAUUUUGUAAUAUUUAUUAAUAUUGAAACCAAGAAAAAGACUGUACUCCAGUGUAUGAAUGGAGUUGUGGGUGUCGUGGCAACUAAUGUUCCUUAUGAAGUUGUGGCUUUUUCUGAUCGGAGGCUAAGACCUCUCAUCUACAUAUACAACUUUCCUGGAUUGACCAGAAGGAACAAAUUGAAAGGCAAUGUUCUUCUGGACUAUACUUUACUUUCAUUCAGUUACUGUGGCACCUACCUGGCUAGUUACUCCUCUCUCCCAGAAUUUGAACUGGCCCUUUGGAACUGGGAAUCAGGUGUCAUUUUGUGCAAGAAGACACAACCUGGUACGGAUGUAAGCCAGAUGACUUUUAACCCUAUGAACUGGCGCCAGCUGUGCUUAUCAAGUCCAAGUGCAGUGACCGUGUGGACUAUUGAAAGAAGUAACCAGGAGCAUCAUCUCAAAGCAAAGUCAGUAAAACUACCUAUGGAAGACGGAUCAUUUUUUGAUGAAACAGAUGUAAUUUUCCCCACCUCGUUGCCCAAGGAUCUUAUCUAUGGACCUGUGCUCCCACUGUCAGCCAUUGCUGGGCUAGUAGGAGAAGAGGCAGAAACUUUCAGGCCUAAAGAUGAUCUAUAUCCUUUGCUUCACCCAUCUAUGCACUGCUGGACUCCAACAAGUGACCUAUAUGUUGGCUGUGAAGAGGGUCAUCUUUUAAUGGUUAAUGGAGAAACCUUGAAGGUGACUCUACUUAAUAAGAUAGAAGACAAAGUACCAAUGGAGGGAAGAAAUCUUAUCAGUCCAGUCACCAUGGUAUAUCAGAAGGGAGGAGUGCUCAUUUCUGGAAUUGAUGGCUUUGUGUAUUCUUUUACUAUUAAAGAUUCAACUUACAAAGUAGAGGAUUUUCUUGAGAUUGAAGAGCCUGUGGCACAUAUGAUGUUUUCUCCAAAUUACCACAUGUUGCUGAUUCAAACAGACAAGGGAUCUGUUUAUAUCUACACUCAUCAUGAGAAGCCAACCUUUGAUAAAGUCCUAGAGGCUUGUGAUGGGAAAUUUCAAGCAAUUGACUUUAUCCCACCCGGAAAUGAAUACUGCAUGACACUCACACAUUCAGGGGAAGUUUGUGUUUGGUAUAUAGAAGAUGGUACUUGUGCCAGCAGGAUUUAUCUGAAUACCCCAGCAACAGUGCUGGCUUGCUCUCCUUCCUCCCUCUCUGUGGCUGUGGGCACCAUGGGGGGCUUCAUCCACUUCCUCGAUGUCAGGGAUGCGGAGGCCCCUCAGGCAAUUCACAAGGCCUUCCCCUCAGAAUGGUCUGUACAGCACCUCCUUUAUGACCAGCGAGGGAUAUAUCUAUUAGUUGGAACAUCAGAAGGCUAUGUCUUUAUUAUCAAUGCCAAUCCAUCAAGCUUGUUUCAGAUCCUUGGAUUCGUAGAGGUGGGCAAAGACAUUUUACAAAUAUCCACAGUGUCUCUUUUGGAAACAGACAUAGUAGAAGUGAUCGUGCUUUCCCCACUUCCAGAAACAGGAAGAAGCAGAUUGGAAAUAUUUACUCUGCCUAAAAUACUACCACAAGUUUCUGCGAGCUUUAUUGAUGAAAGAGGGAGGCUGAAAGAUGCACUCAUUCACAGGUUCCGGUAUGAGAUAGAACACAGCCUGUCUUCUGCCGUGCUGGACUUUCAAAGUCACCAAAUAUAUGGCUUCUGUAACCAAGUGCCAUAUAUCUGCAGCUACCUUCUUCCUGAACAAGAACACAGUGGUAUUUGCAUUCUUAAGCCAUACCAAAAAGUGCAAAGCAAACACUAUGGACCCGGAAUGCUCACUCUGUCUCCACAUGGGCUGUGGCUCAUAACAAUAGCUAAAGGUGGAAUUUUGUGUAUCCGAGAUGUUCAUACUUUGGAAACGUUUGUUCGAAGUCGGAGUCAUUCUCACCAGGGGCAUGGGAUUCAAUCAGUGAGAAUUUCAAUGGAUGGACAAAACAUUCUGGUGAAUGGGAGAGAUGAUGGCACCCUUGUUUACCUAAGAUGGAGGCGGCUUGGAGGAAACCUAGCCAGUGAAAUGAUCCAUUAUUGCCAGAAACUUUUAAUUUCUCUGAGCAACACCAUGGAUGAGGAGAAUGAUUAUUUAAGUAUACAACAAGGAGAGUCCUUGAAUUUGGAAUCAAAAUCUGAACACACAAUGAAUGAGAAUAUGAAGCCAAGCAUUGAUUCAUCACAAGAGGAAUUAGUCCAAGUUGACAAUUUAAAGGAAAUUCCCUGGAUACAACAAAAAAGCCAAGAGGCCAUCAAAAAUGAGGUUAAACUGUUUUCCAAGAAAAGGAAAGAGAUAAAAACAGGAAUCAAAGCACUUGCUAAAACUGUUCUGACUAUGAUGGAAGAAAAUGAAACAGUAGAUAAUAUUGCAAAAUUAGACCAAAAGGAAUUUGGCCUGGAUCUUGAAGAACUGGAAAGACUUCACGAUGAAAAUGAGGAAGAAGUGGCAAAGAUAAGAAAGGAUGCAGAGAUGCAUAACCUCGCCAAGGCCUAUUUGGCUGAACUUAUUAAAGAAGAAUGCUGGAAUUCGAUGGCUGUGAAAGGUCGAGCUCUUAAGUGCUUUCACAUGCCCUACGUGGUUGAGAACUUUCCAAUGAAAGAACGCACGGAAGAAGAGUUGAAAGAAUUAAAGAGAGUUUUGCAGCAAAAGAAGAUUGAAACAGAAUGUCUUAAACUACGGAAGGAAAUUGUAGAGGUUCAGCCUACAAUUACCUUGGUUAAGAAGCAUCAUGAAGAGGAGGAUGAAGAAGAAGAAGAAGAAGUGGCAGUAAAAAAUUCCAACUUGCCCAAUUACCUGCUUGGCAGUCUGAGUACUGAUUUUGGUGUACAAGCCCCUUUGUUGUCAAGCCAAUUGGAACUUCAUUCCAGAGAGGAGAAAAUAAACCAAAUUAUAUUACUGAAAGAUGUCAUUUACAAGGUAAAAACUGCUUUCAACAAUGAGUUUGAUGCUGCAUAUAAACAAAAAGAGUUUGAAGUUGCACGUGUGAAGGAAAGAAAUGUAAGAAUUAAAGAAAUUAUUUUAGAUUUGGACUUGGAAGAAGUGGUCUGGCAACCAGAAUUUGAUGAUUGUGAGAAGCCAGAGAGAACCCUCGUUGUGGAAAACAAAGAGAUUACAGCUCAGAAAAUGCUUAAUCCAUGGCUGAAAGCCAAAGCAGAAUUGACCGCAACCCGUGAAAUGGAGCGAUGGCUUCUGACACGGGGCCCCGACACAAGGCACCGAGCCCUGAUGGACAUGAUGGGAGGAGUUCUGGAAGUCAAGAAGGAAGAUAUUUUGAGAAUGGUGAUUCCUCAACCUGCUUUCAUGGUAAAACCUGAUGCUCUAUGGUCUGAAGAGGAGAGGAAACAAGUCAAAGACUAUGAGAAGAAAGUCAAAGAGUUAAAUGAAGAAAGAGAUAAGUAUAGAAAGUCAUUAGAAGCAGAAAUGAAGAAACUUCAAAACUCCAUUCAAGAAAGCACACAGAAUUUUGAUGAACAUUUGAAAAGACUCUUUGAAAGGAGAGUGAAGGCAGAGAUGGUUGUCAACCAGGAGGAAUUGAAAAUAAAUAAUCUUGUCUUUUCUCUACUGUUGGAUGAAGAAAUAAGCUCCAGAGAAGCAUUCUUAAACAACUACCUUACAAGGAAGCAGGAGGAGAAAGUUCUGGAUCGCAGCUUUAGAAAAGAAUUUUCUGAAAUUCCCAGUCAUCAGGUGGAUAUACUCUACAAACUUUUUAAACGCCGACCAAGGAUUCACAAACAGAAAAUGCACUCAGAUCCCGCCAGCAUUGUGCCUUUCGGAGAGCGACCAGAAUCUGGGAAAUUGAAUAAGGAUGCCUUUGUCCAGUUAAUGAAAGCCAUGGAUGACUUGGACAAUAUUAGUAACAUGCCAGAAGGCUUGGAUCCCUCGGUCUGGGAUCAUUUCUGCAUGACCAGACGAGCGAAAGUGGAAAAUGAACAGAAAGUAAAGCAGAAAGCGGCCGGCUUAAUGGAAAUGAUGGCUUUUCUGCGGAGGAGAACAGAGGAUGAUGAUAAGUUGCAACAGGAAAUUGAAAAAGUGUUCCAUGAACUCAUGGUAUUGCAGGAAGAGAAAGUGAGAUUCCAGUUGAAUUUGACAAUCCAAAUUCUCCUUAAACAAGGACAAGUGGAGCUGGAAAAUUUUCAGUUAUUGCUGGAAUAUCCUGAUGCAAUUCUCAUCAACAAGAACAUAAUUGAAGACUUGAAUUCCGUGAUUCGGACUCAAGGACAAAAGAAAGUUGCUAGUAUGAUGGAAAGUAAAGAUGUCCACAAAGGAAUAUUUCAGAUUGAGUGGGAACAUAAGAAAAUGGAGAUGGAAAUGGAAGAUCUAAAUCAGAAGGCUUGGGAUAUUCAGAUGCUGUUUUUUUCAAGAGAUCGUCAAAAGUACCUAAAUGAACCAAACUAUGAGACUCUGAUUGCCAUUCAAAUUGGAAUAAUGGAGCAAACCAUUGCUGUUUUAGAGAAGACCCACAAAAAGAAUGUGGAAAACUGCAAAAAACUACUAAAAAAACUGGGAAGGUACAGCAAUCAAAAAGAUGUAGCAAAUUAUACUCUAAGCUGCAAUUUACGAGAAGAGUUGGUGGCUGUCUCAGAGAGAAAAGACAUCUGUAAUGCAAUGGGGUCUAAACUGACUUGUGAAAAAAUUGCCAAAGAACGAUAUGAAAACAUGAUGCAACAACAAAAGUUAACAAAUAUUGCAAAACAACAAGCUGAACAGAUUUCAAUACUGCAGGCUGAAGUUGAACGAUUAAGGAUGAAAACAUUUCCUGCUCUUGUUCAAAUAUAAAAAUGCUGGUGGGAAACACAAGGCAAUCAAUCAUUUAAAAAAUAAUUUCACUUUAUUAAAAUGAUUUUUUUCUCCCAUUUCAGGAUAUUUAAGUAGAACUUCUUCUUAGUUACAUAUUUUUAAUA